AUGGAUACUAAUAAUAAUUUUGAAAUCGACAUCUGUGUGGAUUCUCCUUUUGAGUCUCCAGACAUUCUUCAAGACACUUAUGAUGACAAUAUGACUACAGCUAUUGCUACUACAAGCAAUGAUAUGAAUAUUGCAUCUAAUAUCUCCGAUAACCCUGUUAAUAAAAAAUCUAGAUCUCAACCCUCUCCUCUGGCUAACGAUAAUGUAAUGGUAACG